GGAAGAGUCGGAACGUGUCAUGGAAUUAAAGAACGUGACCGGCACCGGCAAAUUACCCUAUGGGACUUUGGCUUUGGGAGCCGAGGGAAUCAAGAAAGCCAUCACUUCGUUCGAAGAGGCGCGUCGUUCUGAUCUCGAGAACGAACGUUUACCGCCAACGCGAAGGGAAUCAACCGAGGUGGAUCGUUCCAAGGCUAUCCAAGAAGCAAUCCAGGAGGUCGACGACGAUCAGGAACUCCAGGAAGUGGCCGAAGUCUUUAUUAAAGAUGAGGAGAGGAGGAAAAGUUUAAAGGAAGGAGUAAAUCUUAAUCUUUGA